AUGGGAAACCCGGAAAACAUUGGAGAUGCCUAUGUUGCUGUGAUUCGUCCAAAAAAUACGGCUAGCCUCAAUUCUCGGGAAUAUCGAGCUAAAUGCUAUGAAAUUUUGUUGCUUGAAGUUCCCAUUGAAGGCCAAAAGAAAAAAAGAAAGAAAGUUUUGCUGGAAACUAAACUUCAGGGAGGCACUGAGAUAACCCAGAGCAUCUUGGAUUAUGUAUUAGAAGCCACCAAACCAAUUUCACCAGCCAAUCAGGGUAUUAAAGGAAAGCGUGUAGUGCUAAUGAAGAAGUUUGCUCUAGAUGGAGAGAGGGCAGGCCAGGAGGCAUCUCUGUACAUUGUCCCAACAGUUGUGAAAGAUAAUACGAAAUAUGCAUACAGUCCUGGAUGCCCUGUGUUCUACUGUUUACAAGACAUCAUGAGAGUCUGCAGUGAAUCCAGCACCCAUUUUGCUACACUUACUGCAAAAAUGCUAAUUGCCUUGGACAAGUGGUUGGAUGAACGGCACACCCAGUCUCACUCCAUCCCAGCUUUAUUCAGACCAUCUCCCCUGGAGAGAAUUAAAACAAAUGUAAUAAACCCUGCCUAUGCUAUAGAGCCUGGACAAACAGAGAGCUCAUUACACAUGGGUUAUACUGCCCUGGAAAUAAAGAGUAAAAUGCUGGCACUGGAGAAAGCAGAUAUGUGUAUCUAUAAUCCUUUGUUUGGAUCUGAUCUUCAGUAUACCAAUAGGGUUGACAAGGUGGUAAUAAAUCCAUACUUUGGCCUUGGAGCCCCAGACUAUUCAAAGAUUCAGAUUCCUAAAAGAGAAAAGUGGCAACGUAGCAUGAGCAGUGUCACAGAGGACAAGGAACACCAGUGGGUAGAUGAUUUCCCCCUUCACCGCAGUGCUUGUGAAGGUGACUCUGACUUGUUGAGCCACCUUCUGGAUAAAAAGUUCUCUGUUAAUCAGUUGGAUAGUGACCACUGGGCACCAAUCCAUUACGCAUGCUGGUAUGGGAAAGUUGAAGCCACUCGAAUGCUGUUGGACAAAGGGAAAUGCAAUCCAAAUCUUCUGAAUGGCCAACUCAGCUCUCCUCUGCAUUUUGCUGCUGGAGGUGGGCAUGCUGAAAUAGUACAGAUUCUGCUAAAUCAUCCAGAAAUUGACAGACACAUCACUGAUCAACAAGGAAGAUCUCCACUGAAUGUCUGUGAAGAGAACAAACAAAAUGAGUGGGAAGAAGCUGCAAAACUACUGAAGGAAGCCAUAAAUAAACCUUAUGAAAAGGCACGAAUUUAUCGGAUGGAUGGGUCGUAUCGCUCCGUUGAGCUGAAACAUGGAAACAAUACUACUGUACAGCAGAUAAUGGAGGGCAUGCGUCUGUCUCAAGAAACUCAGCAGUACUUCACUAUCUGGAUCUGUUCAGAGAACCUCAGCCUCCAACUGAAGCCAUAUCACAAGCCUUUGCAGCAUAUUCGAGACUGGCCUGAAAUAUUCACUGAACUGACAAACUUGGAUCCUCAAAGGGAAACUUCACAGCUUUUCCUGAGAAGAGAUGUGAGACUUCCAUUGGAAAUAGAAAAAAAGAUUGAGGAUCCAUUGGCUAUUCUUAUCCUUUUUGAUGAAGCCAGAUAUAAUUUACUGAAAGGUUUUUAUACAUCACCUGAUGCCAAGCUGAUCACACUGGCAAGUCUGCUUCUACAAAUAGUGUAUGGAAAUUAUGAGAGCAAGAAACAUAAACAGGGCUUUCUAAAUGAAGAAAAUCUUAAAUCUAUAGUACCAAUCACUAAACUAAAAAGUAAAGCUCCUCAUUGGACAAACAGGAUACUUCAUGAAUACAAGAAUCUCAGCACCAGUGAAGGUGUCAGUAAGGAGAUGCAUCACCUUCAGCGCAUGUUCUUGCAGAAUUGCUGGGAAAUUCCUACGUAUGGAGCAGCUUUUUUCACGGGACAGAUAUUCACCAAAGCAAGUUCAAGUAGCCAUAAAGUCAUCAAAGUUUAUGUAGGAGUAAAUGUAAAAGGGCUGCACCUCCUCAACAUGGAAACAAAGGCUUUGCUCCUCAGCCUAAAGUAUGGUUGCUUUAUGUGGCAGUUGGGAGAUGGAGAUACAUGUUUUCAAAUCCACAGUUUGGAAAACAAAAUGAGCUUUAUCGUGCACACCAAACAGGCAGGUCUCGUCGUAAAACUCCUGAUGAAGUUAAAUGGCCAGUUAAUGCCAACUGAAAGGAAUGAAUGAUGGAAUGAACAAGUGUCAUGAAAUGGCAUCUGAUGGCUAAGCAAAAAACAACUUGUUUCUCACUGUAACAGAAGACUUCCAUGGACAUGAAUUUUACACAAUAGAAAAGUCAAUUUGUACAGUUUUUUAACUUUGUACAGAAGCUGCAUGGUUUAUUUUUAUAAAAAAACUAUACAACAUAUCUAUUAUUUUUAUAAAUAUUUUUGUGUUUCAUAUAUAAACUAUUGUAG